AUGAGCCGCCAGCUGUCCCUGUAUUCCGGCGGGGAGCGCCCGGGCUUCAGCGGCUCCUCCGCCGUCGUCUCGGGCCGGCUCAGUAGCAGCUCCACCUCGUUCCGGGCCGGGGUCAAGGGCACGGCGGCCUUUGGCAGCAGGAGCCUGUUCUGCGUCGGGGGCGGCAGGCGCCUGGCGCUCAGCGCAGCGGCCGGGGCCGGACGGAGUGGCGGCCGCCUGGGCGGCUUCGUGGGCACAGUCUUCGGGAGCGCCGGGCUGGGACCUGCGUGCCCAUCCGUAUGCCCGCCCGGGGGCAUCCCUCAGGUUAUCGUCAACAAGAGCCUGCUGGCGCCCCUCAACCUGGAGCUGGACCCUGAGAUCCAGCGGGUGCGCGCCCAGGAGCGGGAGCAGAUCAAGGCCCUGAACAACAAGUUCGCCUCCUUCAUCGACAAGGUGCGCUUCCUGGAGCAGCAGAACCAGGUGCUGGAGACCAAGUGGAACCUGCUGCAGCAGCUGGACCUGAACAUCUCCCGGAGGAACCUGGAGCCCAUCUAUGAGGGCCGCAUCAGCACCAUGCAGAAGCAGCUGGAGAUGCUGUCGGGCGACCGGGUGAGGCUGGACUCGGAGCUGCGCAACAUGCGCGACGUGGUGGAGGACUACAAGAAGCGGUACGAAGUGGAGAUUAACAAGCGCACGGCCGCAGAGAACGAGUUUGUGGUGCUCAAGAAGGACGUGGACGCCGCCUACAUGAACAAGGUGGAGCUCCAGGCCAAGGUGGACGCCAUGACGGAUGAGCUCAAGUACUUGAAGCGUCUCUAUGAAGGGGAGAUCGCCCAGAUGCAGUCCCACAUCAGCGACACGUCCGUGGUGCUGUCCAUGGACAACAACCGGGACCUGGACCUGGACAGCAUCAUCGAUGACAUCCGUGUCCAGUACGAGGACAUCGCCCAGAGGAGCAAGGCUGAGGCCGAGGCGCUGUACCAGACCAAGAUCCAGGAGCUGCAGGCCACGGCGGGCCAGCACGGCGAUGACCUGAAGCUCACCAAGGCCGAGAUCUCGGAGCUCAGCCGGCUGAUUCAGAGGAUCCGCUCGGAGAUAGGGAACGUGAAGAAGCAGUGCGGCAACCUGGAGACAUCCAUGGCGGAUGCCGAGCAGCGAGGCGACUGCGCCCUCAAGGAUGCCCGGGCCAAGCUGGACGAGCUGGAGGGAGCCCUGCAGCAGGCCAAGGAGGAGCUGGCCCGGAUGCUGCGUGAGCACCAGGAGCUCAUGAGCGUGAAGCUGGCGCUGGACAUGGAGAUCGCCACCUACCGCAAGCUGCUGGAGGGCGAGGAGAGCAGGAUGUCUGGUGAAUAUCCCAAUUCCGUGAGCAUCUCUGUCGUCAGCAGCACCAGCGCGGGAGCAGGUGCAGGCUUUGGCAUGGGCUUCGGCACCUCCAGCACAUACAGCUACAAGCCUGUGGUGACCGACAUUAAGACCAAGGGGAGCUGUGGCAGCGAGCUCAAGGACUCCCUCGCCAAAACCUCUGGCAGCAGCGGUGUGACCAAAAAGGCCCCCAGAUGA